AUGCAAAUCCAGUCGUUACUUAACCCUUUGUCUGAGCCUCUUCCACCCGGCAGAGUAUCACCGCAACGCUCCGCUCCUGAGUCUACCAGGCCGCAGUCCCAUCGACCUGCCCAGGCGAGAGAGAGUUCGGAGCACCCCAGUAGUCAGUUCAAAUACGACUCACUAUCUACUCAACGGCCGGCGAAACUACCCAAAGAUGCCCCCAUAUUCAAGGAACGAAAGCCUAGAGGGCGGGUGAACUUCGCGCCGUACGAGGCCGGAACUGGCAAGGAGAUGGCUGCACAGCAUAAGAAGUUUCGAAUCUUUCCUGUGGGGCGCAUAGGAGAGUACUGCCGACCAAUCCCAUACUCAAGCGAUAAGAAGUCCUUCUGGUCUAAGACUGGCCGAGAAGGGUUUGAAGUGUUCCAAUAUACUUUCCAGCUUCCAGGUGAAGACAAGAAGUACACCGUGAUGUGGGACUACAACAUCGGCCUGGUCCGCAUCACUCCCUUCUUCAAAGCCUGCAAAUACUCCAAGACAACCCCUGCGAAAGUUCUGAACGUCAACCCUGGUCUGCGAGACAUAAGCCAUAGCAUUACUGGGGGGGCGCUGGUCGCUCAAGGAUACUGGAUGCCCUUCCGAUGUGCUCAAGCU